AUGAAUAAAACAGAGAACAACCAUUUGCAAAACAGACACAAAAAAAUAAAUGAGGAUAGAUUAACAUAUGUUAUGACAUGUUUAUUUGGGAAUGAAGUAAAUGUGCAUAUGAAAGAUGGAAAUGAAAUAAAAGGAUUGUUUCAUGGGUAUAAUUGUAAUUCAGAUAAUUCUAAUAGUAAUAAUAGAGAAGGCGAUAUAUCCUUAAAUUAUGCUCAGGUUUUAGCAAAAAAUGAUAAACUUAGUGGUCCGAUAAAUAAAGCUAUGAUCAUUCCAGAAAAUGCAUAUACUACUAUUAUAGCCAAAAAUAUAAGCCUUGAAUUAAAAGAUCCAGAUGAAGUAAAAAAUGUUAAAGAUAAUUUUAAAAUUGAUGCUGAUAUAUCUCUAAAAAAAAAGAAACCACAUUCAGCUAAUAGAGAAUUAAAAAGAUGGGUAUGUGAUGAUAAUAAUAUUGACGAUCCUAAUUAUGCCAAACUAAAACUAGACGAUAAAUUAAAUGAGCCAUGGGAUCAAUUUGAACAAAACAGAAAAUUAUAUGGUGUUACAACCACAUAUAAAGAAGAAAUAUAUACUACUAAUUUAGAUAUAAAUAAAGUACCACAUCAUGUCAAACUUCAAGCUGAUAAAAUUGCAAAAGAAUUAGAAAAUAGAGGGGUCCAUUUGGAUCCAGAAGAUAUUGAUAAAAAUAAUAAAGACAUCGACGAAGAAGAUUUAUUUGGGGCCGUUAGACGAAAUAAGGAUAAGUUUGCAAAGUCUCAUAAAUUUAAAAAAGAUGAUAAUAAUAGUAAUAAUAAUAAUAAUAACAACAAUAGUGGCAGUAAUAACAGUAAAAACAAAUCUAGGUUUCACCAGUUUACUAUUAAAGAUUUAAAGGAAAAACUUCAACUUGUCAAAAAGGAAAAUGAAAAAAAAUAUCCAAUAAAUAAGCAAAAAAAAAUAAAUUUUACAAUAUCGUCUUCAAAUGAAGAAAAUAAUUCUAGCAAUAAAAAAAAUAAAGGUUCUUCGAAAAAUCCGGCAACCCAAAACGCCGAGUUUAUUGGUAUUAAUGCCUUAAAUUUGGAACCUGCACUACCAAAACUGGAUGAAAAAACGAGACCAGAAUGGAUUAUGCUCAAAAACAAGACCAAAAAUAGAGCAUCAAACAAGAAAGAUAAAUCCACAGAAAAAUUGGAAUUUAUUACCGCUGCUAAAGAGUUUAAUGAAAAAUUAGCCAACAAAAUGAAUUUAAACGCAAAAGAAUCAAAUACAAAGACAAAUAAAAAUUUUAUGGGAUCACCGAAUAGAUUGUCUAAUGAUAAUCAGAAAAAUUUAUCCAACACUUCAGAUAAAGGAAAAUAUAAAAAUGCACAAGAUAUAGAUAUGAGUAAAAUUCAAGGAAAUGGAAACAUGAUAAAUCAUAUGAAUUUUAACCCUAAUUUAAAUCCAAAUUAUAUACCAAAUGGUUCGAAUAUACCCCCAUACAACCCCUAUAUUAUGAAUUAUAACAACAUGAAAAAUAACAUUCCAGAUCCUAAUAUGGGCUAUUAUCAAAAUGUAAUGCCAGAUCCUCAGAAUAGUAAAAUGUUUCAAUUUGAUGAUCUUAACAUGAACAGAAAUGAUGGAAUUCCGCAUGCUUAUCAAAACAUGAACAUAAAUAUGAUGCUGAACAAAUUUCAAAAUUCAAUGUAUAAUCCCCCUAUUAAAGAUGAUGCUGAUUUAAAAUCUUCCACAAAAUUGUGCACAUUUCCAGUCAAAUCGGUUGAGACGAAUAAAAACUUUGAUACUGUAUUGAAUAAUGCACUAAAGUAUUCGAAAGAAGAAGAUUGCCAAAAUACCCCUCUGGAAUUUAAAAGUACAAAAAAAUUGAGCUAUAAAACGAUAUUAGGGGAAAUACCAUCAUCCUCAUCUUCAAAUAAUUACCAAGAUGUUAAGAAUUUUUCAAAUAAUAUGCCAAUACAACAAAAUAUUUCAAAUAUUGUAGUUAAUCUCCCAUUUAUACCUGUAGUUCCUAGAGCAAUGAAUACUCCGUUUAUAGAAGGUGGAUCUUAUUUUAAUCCAUAUGUUCGUGGAUAUUAUCCAAAUAAUUGUGUUCCCAUAAAUUCAAAUAAUGGUCAAUUUUUUAAUAUGCCCAUAACAAAUAUAGAUACAAAUUAUUCAGGGAAUAAAAAUAUGAAUAUGUACCCACUAAGAAACCCACAUUUAUCGAAUAAUCGUAUGCAUUACCCUGGACUAUCUUAUAUGCCAUAUAAUAUGAAUUACGGGGUAAAUAAUAACAUUAAUAACACCAAUAAUAAUUUAAAUAUGAUGAAUAAUUCAAAUUCCCCAAUGCAUAAUAUAAACAUGCCACCGUAUCCCCCAGAUUUUGUUGUUAUGGAUCCACAAAAAUAUUCAAACCCUCAUUCUCCAUCAGCCCCGUUUUUUCCAAAGUAUCAAUGCCAAAUUUAUUAUGUCCCUCCUGUUCACCGAAUGAAUAAUGCCUAG